CCGAUACUUAGUUUCACCAGUUGAACUUGGGACCCACUACUGCCCUCAGCUCCGAGUUGGGGGCGAGGGGCCUUUGGUGACACCGACUUUUGCAGUGUGCUCCUAGCUAUUUCGGAGACUCCAGGGCCUCCUGGUCGUUGUCAGAAGGUUUGAGAAGGUGCUCCGAGCGCUGUGCCUGGGUGGCUAACGGCUGGCCCUCCUCUCUGCCGCGCAGAGUGAGUGCAGGAGGCGGAUCCUGGGCGCGUGAGGGCGACAGUCGGAGUGCGGGGCAUGAACCUGGAGGGCAGCGGCCGAGGAGGAGAGUUCGGAAUGAGCUCGGUGAGCUGCGGCAAUGGGAAACUCCGCCAGUGGCUGAUCGACCAGAUCGACAGCGGCAAGUACCCAGGGCUAGUGUGGGAGAACGAGGAGAAGAGCAUCUUCCGCAUCCCCUGGAAGCACGCGGGCAAGCAAGACUACAACCGCGAGGAGGACGCCGCCCUCUUCAAGGCUUGGGCACUAUUUAAAGGAAAGUUUCGAGAAGGCAUAGAUAAGCCAGACCCUCCUACCUGGAAGACACGUUUGCGGUGUGCUUUGAACAAGAGCAAUGACUUUGAGGAACUUGUGGAGAGGAGUCAGCUGGACAUCUCAGACCCCUACAAAGUAUACAGGAUUGUUCCUGAGGGUGCAAAAAAAGGAGCAAAGCAGCUCACCCUGGAGGACCCACAGAUGACCAUGAGCCACCCCUACACCAUGACGACUCCUUAUACCUCACUCCCAGCUCAGCAGGUUCAUAACUACAUGAUGCCACCCCAUGACCGAAGCUGGAGGGAAUAUGUCCCUGAUCAGCCCCACCCAGAAAUCCCAUAUCAAUGUCCUGUGACGUUUGGAUCCCGCAGCCACCACUGGCAAGGCCCGGCUUGUGAAAAUGGUUGCCAGGUGACAGGAACCUUUUAUGCUUGUGCCCCGCCUGAGUCCCAGGCCCCUGGAAUCCCCAUAGAGCCAAGCAUAAGGUCUGCUGAAGCCUUGGCGCUCUCAGACUGUCGACUCCACAUUUGUUUGUACUACCGGGAGAUCCUGGUGAAAGAGCUGACCACAUCUAGCCCAGAAGGCUGUCGGAUCUCCCAUGGGCAUACCUAUGAUGCCAGUAACCUGGACCAGGUCCUUUUCCCCUACCCAGAAGACAAUGGCCAGAGGAAAAACAUCGAGAAACUUCUGAGCCACCUGGAAAGGGGUGUGGUCCUCUGGAUGGCCCCCGACGGUCUGUAUGCCAAAAGACUGUGCCAGAGCAGGAUCUACUGGGAUGGGCCUCUGGCACUCUGCAGUGACCGACCCAAUAAACUGGAGAGGGACCAGACUUGCAAGCUCUUUGACACACAGCAGUUUUUAGCAGAGUUGCAAGCUUUCGCUCACCAUGGCCGUCCCCUGCCAAGAUUCCAGGUAACUCUGUGCUUCGGAGAAGAGUUUCCAGAUCCUCAGAGGCAAAGGAAGCUCAUCACUGCUCACGUCGAACCUCUACUAGCCAGACAACUAUAUUAUUUUGCUCAGCAAAACAGUGGACAUUUCCUAAGGGGCUAUGAUUUACCUGAACACAUUAACAGUCCAGAGGAUUAUCACAGAUCUAUUCGCCACUCGUCCAUUCAAGAAUGAAAAUGUCAAGACAAGUGAUUUUGUUUCAUUGUAAAUAUCUGACUUUGACAGGAAAAGCUGAUUGAAAUCCCUCUUUUUCUUUUGAGAAACUUGGAAAUUGGGGCUUCAAUUCAACACUUGAGGAGAACUUCAGCAAGAAUGGGUGUAAAAAGGCCUGCUCCAUCUAAUUGACAGAUGAGUUUAUACAAAAAGGAAGAACGGUUUUCAGGGUCUUCCGUAGACUGCCAUCUUUGAUGAUUACUGUGAAAAUUGACCAAAGGGUGUGUUUACAUUUACUUAAAUGCUAUCUUUAAUUUGAUGUGGAUUAUUUUUUGCUUGAAAACUGAGAAAACUUGUGUUUCAGUAUUGACCACUAACUAAAAGCACGUAAGUGUUGUCCUAUUUCUCAGGGAAAUAAUAUCUAAAUUUGAAGUGACUCUGCCCACAAAAGAAAUGUAUUAAUGCACAUAGAAGAUGUUGCUUUUGUAGAAAAUGCUUGCUGUUAGAAAGAGAAUCUUUGACUGAGGUGGCCUCAGUCAGUGCCUUCAGCUUUAGGGUGGCUGAUCAUCCCGCCCCUGGCCUGGGUCUCACCGGAGCAUGGACUUCCCUGCCCUGUCUCUCACUGCCCCCCAUUUGCUGUCUCUCCUUGGGUGACCCUGGAGCCAGUUGUAUUUUCUGGAACCAAAAAGCAUUAGGGCUACCCUUGAUUGGUGUAUUUUUGUCAGUUCUACAAUCUUGUAAUGACUGCUUAAGAUAUUUUUUGUUUCUCAUUCUGUAGGAAAUAUUGCUAAAGAUUUUUUCUUUAGAAAAAAAAAAAGAUCAACAAUCCAAGUACUAAAGAUAUAUUUCUGAAACUCGGUGACAUUUCCCCUCUUACCCUGUUUGUUUUGUUUGGCUAUCAGUUAGUUAUCCAUGACAACACUAAAGAGGAGGAGCCGAUGCUUUUCAAUUUGGUGAACUCUGUUAGGAAAGAUGAUGACAGGAUUUCACUGAUUGCAUAACUGCAGACUCAGUGCGCUGUUUUUGCUUAUUUUGUAUAUUAUAUGCUUCCUCAUGCCAAUAUGGUUUGACAGGACCUUGAAAUUACUGGGCUUUUUCCAAAUACAUCUUUUUAUAGAAUCACUAAGAUCUCCACAUGCUUAAGUAAAUCCGAUCACUUCCUUGUUGAUUGUUUUGGAAAAGUACAGAUGUUGAGACUGAUGCUGGCAACUGAUAUUUUUAUCAUACUACAAAAAAAACUGCUAUUAGUUUCAGGCACAGCAAAAGACUUAGUAGUUCUCAAAUAUAUGCCACUCUUCUUCUAAUCUAUAUUUUUAAAUUCAUUCAACAAACAGUAUCCCUUGCAUUAGACAGAUUAUAUUUAGCCUUUAUCCAGUUUAGUAAGCAAUUAAGCAUGGAAAUGUCAUUUUUUUAACUUUUAAAAGGAGGGGUAUUUUUCCCAAAGAUUUAAUUUAUUUACUUGAGAGAGAGAGAGUGCGCACGCAAAUGAGAGAGAGAGAGAGAGAGAGCAUGAGCAGGGAGGAGGGGCAGAGGGAAAAGGAGAAGCAGAAUCCCUGCUGAGCAGGGAGUCCAAUGUGGGACUGAUCCCAGGACCCCAGGAUCAUGACCUGAGCCCAAGGCAGAUGCUUAACCAACUGAGCCACCCAGGCACCCCAAAGAUUUUUUAAUAACAUAAUACAUAUUAACUACAGAAAAUGUAAAUAUAGACAGGCAAAAAUGAAGAAACAUCCUCUUUCUUUUUCCCAGCCCAAAAUAUCCACAAGAACAGUUUGACUUAUUCUUCCAAUACACUUCACUUCUCUAUAGAUAUACAUCAGCUCAAAAAACCUUAUAGGAUCAUCUUGCAACCCUUUUAUGCAGUGCUCUCUUAACCUAACAACACAGAUUUACCUCACUCUUUUUAGAAGCAUUUUCGUUACAGAAUUCCACCACCAUGCAGUCCAUAGCACAGUUUAAGGAAUUUCAUCAGCAGCUAAAAGGGAAUACACAUGGACAGCAGAUUAUAUUUUGUGAAUUGCAGUAAUUUAUACAUCUUAUAGAUGCAAAGUAUUUUAGGAUAUAUUAUCCUAAGGGGGAAUUGAAAACAAAAUUAGGAACAACUGUGACACAGGCCCCAGUGUAUGUGGCCCUCUUCCGUGGAGAAUAUUUAACCCCCUACCAGUGCUUCAGAGAAGUUCUCUGGUGUCAUUCCCAGGGGUGCUGUGUCUUCUGAAUUCUCAAAGUAGAUGAUUUGAUGCUUGAUUUCUAUUGUUGCGAAUUCUUUUCUUCUUUCUUUCUUAAUAUUAAUCUGCUUUACCACUGGAGUUAUAUUUUCUGGAAAAUAGUCUUGACUUGGGCCACUUUCCACUUUCUCUUCUUUAGUCCCAUCUACUUUGACUUUUUUUUUUUUUUUUAAUUUGGAGAAAUCCAGACUGUGUGCUAAUGAAUGAAUUAUUAAAUAAUCAGGGUAAAGGAUCCUGACAGUUGUCUCAGGACUUUGAAAAUGAAUGAUUUCCUCAUUCCUUAACUUGAUAAAGUAGAAUUUAGCUUGUAGUAAUGGAAGAUACUAUAGAGGACUUUAGGCAUUUAUUAUGCUAAAAAGCUUCAGAUGACAAGGUUAAAAAAUGUUUAAGUCUCACAGGUGCAUGUUCUAAUGUUUUAUUUCUUGUUCUGUGUAUUUAAUAAACAGUGGGCAGUAGUUGAUGUCUUCUGGAACACUGUAAAAACCAGGGUGACCAACCCAUUUCAAACCCAAACCUUGGAACCCCCUCAGUUCCGGGCAAAACCGGAGUGUUUGGAGCCCUAUUGAGAGCCCAGCAAGACUGUUGCCUUUAAGCUAGGAAGACUCUGCUCCACUGGGACAUAUAGUUUAAAAUUCUGCAUGGAAUGAACAACACGACAACAUGGUUAUCACCAAAGCACAGAUAUGCCAGGUUUGUGUUUAUAAAAAGGCACACACUGGGCUAGGGUAUGAGCAAGGUUUUCUUUGCAUGUCACUGUGUGUAGGAGUCUUGGUGCAGGGUCUGGCAUGGGCUUUUGCCUGAGAGGGAAACAACAGGUGCACAUGCAUCCCAAGAGAAGCCUUGCUCCUGUGUUGGCUAUACCAGUGACCAUCAAAUUUUUUUUUCAUAUAUAUACAUAUAUAUACAUAUAUAUAUCUAUGUUUUUUUUUUUUUUUUUUUUUUUUUUUUUUGCCAAACCACUUUUCAUUCCUCUUUGAUCACAUUUCCCCUUUCUCCACAGGUACAUGUUUUUCUAGAAGUGGUGAGCUUCUUUAAAGUCUAUAUUUUUACUAUAUAUCCCUAGUUUAUAGCGGACAGGCAUCUAUUCAAAUGUUGCAUUAGGGCUAUCCUGCCAUAUGCAUUGUUCUGCAACUUACUUUUCUCAUAGCUCCAUCUUUGAGAUUGAUCCAUGUCAAUGUAGGUGGAUCUCAUCCAUCUCUUGUUAACUGGUGUCAAAUAGCUUGUCACAUGAACACAGUAUUCCUGGUAUUUAUUUUCACUGCUUUCAGGAGAGAAUGUAGGUGAAGUGUAGUUGAAGUGAGGGAAAAGAAAGAUAGGAUGUGGACAAAAACCAAAAAGUGCAGCAGGCCUCCUCCAAUAUAAACUCCUGUUUUGCUUUACACUCUGAGAUGGAAGGAACUUAAUGGGUAGUGGGAUUCAUUUCCUGCACCCCAUCUAGAUAAGUGGCUAGGACCAGGCAGCUUCCUUGGCUUCAAUCCAUAGCUAUGCUGGCUCCCUCUUGCUGCUAGGUCUCCCAGACAAGGAUGUCUAGAGAACCAGGCAGAUCAUUCUGUGGAAAAUGAUUGUACAUAAUGUCAUGAAUUUUUGCUGUAAAUUGCUUUUCAAAACAGAUUGACAUUCGUGAUAAUCUGGUGUUUUAUGUAGUUGUUAAAUAAAGACUUUUUUAAAAAAGUAA